GCGAAGGAGUGGGCGGGGCCAAGCGGCGGCGGCGGAAGGCGCUCCGGCCGCCAUGGCGGAGCGGGAGGAACGGCGCUUCGUGGAGCUGCCCCGGGAAUCGGUUCGGUUGAUGGCGGAGAGCACCGGGCUGGAGCUCAGCGACGAGGUGGCGGCUUUAUUGGCCGAGGAUGUUUGUUACCGGUUGCGGGAAGCCACGCAGAAUAGCUCCCAGUUCAUGAAACACACCCGGCGGCGUAAAUUGACGGUGGAGGACUUUAACCGGGCGCUGCGGUGGAGUAACGUGGAGGUACCGGGGAUGGGGGGGCUCCGGGCUAAGAGGGUAAAAUCGGUGAGCCACGAUUUGGAGCAGUUGAACCGUUUGCUUCACGUGGCCCGGAGCCUGGUGGGGAACCCUUUCCUCUGCCUGGGCUCUUACCUGAGGAGCUUGGUGGCUUCCGUCACCUACUGCGCCCUUGAACCCUUGGCCGCCUCCAUCAACCCCCUCAACGACCACUGGACCCUCCGUGAUUACGCCGCCAUGCUCCUCAGCCGCAUCUUCGG